UCCCCCGACGUCUUGAGUAGCCCGGUGACGCGCUUUCGCCGAGCUCAAGCCGAAAUUCUCUUAUUCUCGACUGCCAAACUUCUCGUACAAGCCCUCCAUUUCAGUGUUCUUUUCUUCGCUACAGCAGCCUCGGCGUUAGAAGCUCUGUAG